AUGUCGUGGAAAUUUGCCAACUACCACAAUGAACCCCCCAGCGAGCUUCCCAACGAUUUCACGAUAAGCACAAAAGCCAAGACAGAUUUGUGGGAGAAACCACCAUCUACGCAUUCCUUCAGCGCUCCUAUUCUCUACCAAAAGAUACAGCUGUCCUCUUUCAAAAAGGCACGUGUUGCCGUUUCUGCGGAUUGGAAAGAGCUGUACGAUCAAGGAGGCAUCUGCAUUAUCAUUAACAAGGCUGAUGGCUCAAAAAAAUGGCUCAAGGCAGGCAUUGAAUAUGUUGAAAACGCACCGCAUGUCAGCGUAGUGGCAACGGACAGGUGGAGUGAUUGGAGUUUGAGGCCGAUGCCGUCAGAAGGAGGGACAGGUGCGACGAUUGAGAUGGCGAGGGAAAAGGACGGGAGUCUCUGGGUAUAUUUGUUGGAGGGAGUGAGAAGAAGCCCAUUAAGAGAGGUCACGUGGUUCUUUGAAGGAGACGGUAAAGAGGACUGUUGGGUUGGUGUCUAUGCCGCUAAGCCGGGUGGGAGCGCGGAUCUAGAAGUCGGCUUCUCGCACUUGGUGAUUGAGACGGAUUGA